CACCACUCAACUACUCUUUCUCCUGAUUCAUCGGCGGUUUUUCGGCACUGUUUCUGUACCUGCACUACUGCGUAAAAUGAGCGAAUCCUUGGCAGAGUUGCAAGCUAAAAUGAAGGCCCAGGGCGAGAAGGUCCGUCAGAUGAAGAAGGACGGUGCCAGCCGCGAUGAUCUUAAGCCUGAGGUCGACAUCUUGACCAGCCUCCGCGCGGACGUUGAGAAGAUGAUCGAAUCUGAGGCUGAAUCGAAUCCGGCCAACAAGAUCAAUCGCGCCGGUCUCGAGGAUCUCUGCAAGCGUCGGUUCCUGUUCACACCCUCCUUCUCAAUCUACGGCGGUGUUGCUGGUCUCUACGACUUCGGCCCCCCGGGGUGCGCUUUGAAGGCUAACCUCGAGGCCCUCUGGCGUCGCCACUUCAUCAACCAUGACAACAUGCUUGAAAUCCAAUGCACUUGUCUCACCCCUGAGGUCGUACUGAAGACUAGUGGUCAUGUUGAGAAGUUCACCGACCUUAUGGUCAAGAAUGAGAAGAAUCCCGAUGAGUACUAUCGAGCUGAUAAACUCCUUGAGGAGAAGUGCGAGGCCCUUCUGCAGGAGCCUAGUUUCGAGGGUGAUCGUGAGCAGUUGCAGAAGUGGAUACGCGUGGCGGAUAGCUUGAGCGCCGAAGAGGUGGAUAAGAUCUUCCAGGAGCUUGGUAUCAAGCAGGCGAUGAAUCUCUCCUUCCCCUACCCCUUCAACCUCAUGUUCAAGACUACCAUUGGACCUCAGGGGAACUUGGUCGGCUUCCUGCGUCCCGAGACUGCCCAAGGCAUGUUCGUCAACUUCCGUCGUCUCCUCGAGCAGAAUGGUGGCAAGAUGCCGUUUGCUGCUGCUCAAAUCGGCCUGGGAUUCCGUAACGAGAUUGCCCCUCGGGCUGGUCUCCUCCGAGUUCGCGAGUUCCCGAUGGCUGAGAUUGAGCAUUUCGUUCAUCCCGAUCACAAGGACCACCCAGACUUCCACAAGGUUGCCGAUUUGAAGUUGCCCCUAUUCCCCCAACACAAUCAGCUGACCGAUGGCAAGCUUCGUACUGAUCUCACCUUAAGACAGGCCGUGGAUAUUGGUAUGAUCAACAAUGAGACUCUCGCGUACUUCAUGGGACGCACUUUCCUCUUCCUGGUCAAGGCCGGUGUUGACGGCAGUAUGCUGAGGUUCCGUCAGCAUCUUAAGUCCGAGAUGGCUCACUACGCCUGCGAUUGCUGGGAUGCCGAGGCCCUCCUUUCCUACGGAUGGACCGAAAUCGUUGGUAUCGCUGAUCGCUCUGCGUAUGAUCUUACCGCACACUCCAAGGCUUCGAAGGUCGACCUCAAAGCCAACUACAAAUUCGAUGAACCCAGGAAUAUGGAGUUUGUCGAGUGCAAGAUCAAUAAGGGCAAGUUGGGACCGGCCUUCAAGAAGGAAGCUGGCGCUGUGAUCGAGGCUCUCAACGAGCUGACUGACAAACAGAAGCUAGAGAUGGACGCCGCUAUCGAGGAGAACGGCGUCUAUGAGCUCAAGAUUUGCACUGGUGCUCGGUACAAUAUCACUAAGGAAAUGGUCAAGGUCAAGACGGUCACUAAGAGAGUCCAGGAAGUUCCCUUCAUCCCCUCCGUCAUCGAGCCUGCCUUCGGUGUUGGCCGCAUUAUCUACACCAUCCUGGAACACACGUUCCGCUCGCGUGAGAUGGAGGAUCAGGAGCUCCGCUGCUACCUUUCAUUGCCUCCCGUUGUUGCUCCAACCAAGGUGAGUGUGUUGCCCAUCUCGAGUAACCCCACUCAGUUCAAGCCUGCUAUGCACAAGAUCACUGAUGCUCUCAAGGAGCACGGUAUCAGCUACAAGGUUGAUGACAGUGGCCAGGCGAUUGGCAAGCGAUAUGCCAGAACUGAUGAGAUCGGUAUCCCGUUCGGUAUCACCAUCGAUUUCCAAAGUCUCAAUGAUGACACUGUCACUCUUCGUGAGCGUGAUAGUAUGAGCCAGAUCCGUCUACCGAUUGCUGAUGUUGCCGAUCUUGUUUACAAGCUUUGCACUGACCGUAUGACGUGGGAGCAGGCGGCCGAGAAGUACCCCAAGUUCGACGCCCAACAUGCUUAGAGGGUGCGAUAGUUGCGGUUCCGUGCGGUUCGAUCGUUAGUAGACAUUCAUUAACACAAAGUGACGUUUCUCGGA